CAUCAAUCUAGUAUCAAGUGCAUGCAAAAGGCCGUUAAAUAUAUUAGGAAUUCUACACAACGGAUUUAAAGGUUCAAAGAAUGCAUGAAAGAGCUAAAUGUGGAAUCCAAAAAGUUUUUGUGCAAUGAUAGCCCAACUCGAUGGAACUCCACAUACGAGUUAUUGAAGAUUGCGGUGGAGUUGGAGAAGGUUUUUGGCAUGUUUGAAGUCAAAGAUCCUACAUUUGUUCGAGACGUUUUGACCCCAUCAAAAGAAGAUUUCAACAUUUGUAGAGCUAUGGUUGGAUUUCUUGAGAAGUUCAAGGUGAAAACCGACAUAGUAUCGACGUCAACAAAACCGAUGGCACAUCGGUUUUUUGGAGAAAUAUGUGAUGUGUACAAACACAUUAAGGAAUGGGCGGCUAGUCCCCAAUUUUGUUUGAUCGGGAAGGACAUGAUUGAUAAAUACGAUAAGUAUUGGGGCGAUCUUGAAAAAUUAAAUGACUUUUUGUAUUUUGCGGUCAUAUUAGAUCUACGGUUCAAAUUUGAUUUUCUUCAACAAGCUUUUGAGAAGUUGAUUAAGUUGAAGAAUCCACAAAAAGAUCCUAUGCUCAACUCGGAAGUCAUUUUGAAGGCUAAGGUCUUAAUACGGGGUCUUCAACAAAGAUUUGAGAAUUUUUUUUAUUACUACAAAUCAAAGUUUGACAAUACCGACUCUUCUCAAAAUCAAACACAUGGUCAUGAAGAUGUAGUUGUGAUUGAUGAUGAGAAUGACUUCAUGGAUAUUUUGGGACUGCAAAUAUCUACUGUGGCGUCAGAGGCGGCGUUUAGUAUAAGCGGGCGGAUAUUGGAUCCAUAUAGAACAAAUUUGUCUGCAAAUAUAGUAGAGGCUUUGGUUUGCACUCAAGAUUGGGUAAGGAAAUCAAGAAAGCAAAUUGUGGACAACAUUGAUGAAAUUUUGAAAGACGAUGAGGUCGCGAAAGCUUUAGAAAAUGCGAUAAAGAACGGAGAUGGAAAGGGAAAACAACCAAUUAAUAUUCUUGAAUAG